AUGUCAACCUCACCCUAUGAGCACAUCGACGACGUCGAAAGACUCGACUACUAUCGGCCAGGGGGUUAUCAUCCCAUUGAGAUUGGGGAUAGGCUUCGAGAUCGAUAUAUUAUAGUACACAAACUCGGUUUUGGCAGUUACUCGACCCUUUGGCUGGCUCGGGACAGGCAACUGGCCAAGUAUGUCGCGAUCAAAGUGGGCACGGCGGACCACAGCUCCAAAGAGAUCGACCUUCUGAGCCAAUUGUCCGCCCGCACUGUUGAGAACGCACAGCCUGGUGGAAAUAUGAUACCCUUGAUACUGGAUCACUUCAACCUCGACGGACCGAAUGGAACACAUCCAUGUUCUGUCACUGCGCCGGCAAGAUGCAGUCUUGCUGAUGUCUUGGAGCCGGGCUCUGGCCCGUUCCAGCUUCAAGUCGCCCGAUCACUUGCCGCCCAGCUUGUUAUGGCGGUUUCGUACGUCCAUCAUUUGGGAUAUGUUCACGGGGGCGAGUACAUAUACUUGCCUGAACCUGUUGUCAGAGUUGAUGGACAGCCACUUUCACCAGGUGUCCCACCCCACGUCUAUCCGCCGAUCUGGCUCGGCAAAACUGGCCAAGAAUUUACUCUCCCAGAAGCCAGGCUCGUCCUCGCCGAUUUUGGGACGGCGUUCUGCCCUGCACAGGAAUCAAGGUUCGAGUCCUACACGCCACUUCAAAUUCGUCCACCUGAAGCAAGGUUCGAGCCGACAACGCCCCUGUCGUAUGCAUCUGAUAUCUGGAGUCUCGGGUGUGUAAUUUGGGGAAUCCUUGGAGUUAGACCAUUCCUCGAUAGCUGGUUAUUUGGGCCAGAUGACGCCACGGCGGAUCAGGUCGAUGCCCUUGGAUCAAUGCCGGAUGAAUGGUGGGAAAAUUGGGAGGGCAAGUCAAAGCGAUUUGACGAUAAUGGGAAGCCAAAGGAGGGACGCAAGGUAUGGACUUUUUACCAGCGAUUUCAAGAUGCGAUCCAGGAACCAAGAAGGAGAAGGGGACUGGAGGUGAUGGAUGAUCGGGAAAGAGAUGCUCUGUUCAGGAUGAUACGGGGCAUGCUCGUUUUUAUACCUGGUGAUCGUCUGAGCGUAGAUGAGGUGCUGCGAUCGGAUUGGAUGAGGACGUGCGCGAUUCCCGAAGCCGAGAAGACCUGGGGACGAAGGUUGCUCUGCAACGACCUCUUGUCCACAAAUGCAUAGGUGCCAAGCUCAAGUAAGGAGAGCUGUGGGCUGAUGGGGUCGUCCUUCACUGGACGCUCUGAAGUCGUUUCAAAUUGCUCGUCGCACUAUCUCACACCCUCGCGUACCUGGUUCUUCGUGUGUCCCAGCUAUCGGCCCAGCUGCACGCGGCACAAGCUUUAUCCCAUCGUUUCAUGCGAAGCAUCGUAUCCUACUAGCAUUGGUGCGAAGUCCUUCAGGAAGGUCCAAAUGGUGCCAGAGCCAAGGGCGGCCUUGCGGCUCAGUGCAGGCUUGGCCCGCCCUUAGCAGCCAGACACUGCCCAUUCUGAAGC